UAGACAGACAGGUGAACAAACUGUGUGUUCAGGAGUAGGCCUGUGUGUGUGUGUGUGUGUGUGUGUGUGUGUGUGUCUGUGAUGGAGGUGUGUGAGGAUGAUCUCUGCUGGUUGCAGCUCGAAGACUUCAGGAUGCUGCUGAUCAAAACCAUUGAACCAUCAAAGAUCACUCCCUACCUCCGCCAGUGUCAGGUGAUCGGGGCGGAGGACGAGGAGCAGCUGUUCAACGACCCAGCGCUCGUCAUCAGGAGGAGGAGAGUCGGAGCCCUGCUGGACAUGCUGCAGAGGACAGGGGUCAAAGGUCACACGGCGUUCCUGGAAAGUCUGGAGCUCGAUUAUCCUGAACUCUACAGCCGGAUCACCGGGAAGGAGCCCAACAAGACCUUCAGCAUCCUGAUAGACACAGCAGGUGAGUCCGGUCUGACUCAGUUCCUGAUGUCGGAGCUGAGCCGCCUGCAGAGGGCGCUGCAGGACGAGCGGCGGCAGCAGGCGUGCUCUGUUGCUAAGGAACAGGAGGUGUGGUCUAGGCAGCAGCAGCUGAGGGACCGCGAGCUGAGGAAGCUGACUGAGCGCGUGCAGAAGCUUCGGGAGGAGCGCGAGCGGCUGAGCGAAGAGGCGAAGCAGCUCAGAGAUCACAACUACAGUCUGAUGGCCGACAUCAACACGCUGGGACAGGAGAAGAGCGCCGCCCUGCUGGCCAACAGAGACCUGCAGAUAGAGGUGGAGCGUCUGAAACACACUGUGCUGCGAGCUGAGAGUCAGACUCGCCUGCUGCGGCGGCGGACGAUGCGUCCACUGCAGGAGAGCAGGAGUCUGGCUCUGCCCACCGACACCUUCUUCACCCCAAACAGAUUGGAGGAGGUGAAGGAGGAGAAGCCGGAGGAGAAGAAGGAGGAGAAGAAGGAGGGAGUGAAGGAGGAGAAACAGGAGGAGAAAAAUUGUAAAGAGGGGACACAGCCACAGAUGAGCGUCAUCGCCAGUGUGUUGAGACUGAGGAGAGACCUCCACCGAGCAGAGGAGCAGAGAGCCCAGAGUGUGGAGGAGAAGGAGGAGCUGGAGCUGCUGUCCGCUCAGCUGAAGGGAGACGCCAGAAUGUAUCGCCAACGAAACAAGCAAACCCUCAGACAGCUGGAGGAGGUGAUCAGAGAGAGAGACAAGGCUCAGGCAUCGCGGGCGGAGCAGCAGGAGGAGGUGCGGCUGCUCUUGCAGGAGAAGGAUCAGUACAGGGAGCAGGUCAGACAGCUCACUGAGAAAUCUGAUAGGCUGGAGCUCCUCCUGCUGAGGUCACAGGGGGAGGAGCUUCAGCUGAGGACACGCCUUCGCAGACUCACCAACACCGACAAAUGUGAGAGGAGUGUGAGUAGCGAGGAGGAGGAGCCAGCAGAGCACGCCGCUAAAGGCAGCAGUGAGGAGGUGUGCAGCGGGACGUCGGGUGAGAACGAGGAGGCGCAGCAGCGCGAUGCUCCUGCAGGAGGCACCGAUGAGUCUGGAGAGAAGUUCAAAACUGCUGCAUCAUUGGACAAGGAGUCAGACGGCUGUCUCACCCUCCGGAAUCGACCGAAUUUCUUCUACCGCAGGAAGCGGGCAGUCAGGACGAAGCUCAACUGUGUGGAGAACAAGCCCGAUAACCUCGACGACAGCAGCGCCAGCGACAUCACCGACUCUGACUGACGACGAGCCGCUGUCAAAAUAAAAGUUUUUAUUUGAUGCUGUUUGGCUUCAGAAACAUUCACAGAAGACGUUUCAGUGGGGCAGGUUCUAAUGAAACAGUUCACACCAAAGGUGAAGGAAACUUUAUGGAAAAGAAAAAACUUAUUUGGAGCAAGUUGAAUAUGUUCAACCUGAGACAGAAAUUGACCUGACGGUUGUUCAGUGUAUAGAUCCUCUGCCGCACCAGACUCCAUUGAAAAAAACAUAAUUUUAACAGCAGUGUUCUGAUGUUCCUAAGACAUGACAAAGCAUCAUGUUGUUGUUACUUCAGCAUCCUUUAGAUCAGUUCAUUCACAUUAAAUCACACAUAAAUCUCUUUAUUCUCAUUGAAUCACAGAUAAACUUCAGGCAAUAAUUCUCUUCAUGUUUGGUGUGAACAUGUUUCCACAGAAAAUAAAACAUACUAAAAUAACAGUCAGUCACUGAUGGUGAAACUGUUUCUAAAUAUUGAUAUUGUUUCUCAGCUUCGAUCAUUUUAAAUGUUUUCAUUCUUUUCUGUCCGAACUGUUUCACAGCCUCAAUAAAAACUCAUAUGAUGUUUUCAUAAUGUUGCUUCUAUAAAUCAAAUAUAAAUUCACAACAUAUAAGGUCACAAUAUGUGAUCCCAUAUACAAAUUCAUCAUGUAGAUAUUUUUAAUAUUUGUAAAUAUA